AUGGCUCAGCCCAAGGGCACGGUUGUCCUCGCCUACAGCGGGGGCCUCGACACCUCCUGCAUCCUGGUGUGGCUGAAGGAGCAGGGCUACGAUGUCAUCGCCUACCUGGCCAACAUCGGGCAGAAGGAAGAUUUUGAGGCGGCACGAAAGAAAGCGCUGGCGCUGGGGGCCAAGAAGGUUUACAUCGAGGACAUCAGCAGGGAGUUUGUGGAGGAGUUCAUCUGGCCGGCGGUGCAGGCCAACGCUCUCUAUGAGGACCGGUACCUGCUGGGCACCGCGCUGGCACGGCCCUGCAUUGCCCGAAAGCUGGUGGAGAUCACCCAGAGGGAGGGAGCCCAGUAUGUCGCCCACGGGGCCACCGGCAAGGGCAACGACCAAGUGCGGUUUGAGCUCACCUGCUACGCCCUGUGUCCUAACAUCAAGCAUGGGAUCCCGGUGCCCGUGACACCCCAGACGCCCUGGAGCAUGGAUGAAAACCUCAUGCACAUCAGCUACGAAGCUGGGAUCCUGGAGAACCCCAAGGUAAUUGAUCACGGCCGCCCGGCCGGCGUGGCAGCCACAGGGCUGAGGGCGUCUCGUGUCCCUGUGAAGGUCACCAACGCCGGGGACGGAGCCACUCGUUGCUCGGCCCUGGAGCUCUUCAUGUACCUGAACGACAUCGCGGGCAAGCACGGCGUCGGGCGCAUCGACAUCGUGGAGAACCGCUUCGUCGGGAUGAAGUCCAGAGGUAUCUAUGAGACCCCAGCGGGAACGAUCCUAUACCAUGCGCAUUUAGAUAUCGAGGCCUUCACCAUGGACCGGGAAGUACGGAAAAUCAAGCAGGGGCUCGCCUUGAAAUUCUCCGAGCUGGUGUACAACGGGGCUCCACGCCUGCCUUCGGGAGGUGACGCCGCCUUCCAUGAGGGCUUGGUGGUGGGGGAUGCUCCCGGCAUCGCUCCCAGCCCGGUGCCACCGCUUCGUCCCAUCCAACACAUUUGGAUGUCUCACAGGCUGGGCCAGGUCUAUGUCCUGGGCAGGGAGUCCCCGCGGUCGCUGUACAACGAGGAGCUACGCGAGUCGCGGCCGGGGCUUGUGGCACGGCAGAAACGCAGCUCUGCGGGGAAGGAGGCGGUCUGCAGCCUGCGGGAGCUCUCCUCUGCGAAGCUGUCGUCUUGCGCUUUGCGACGGCUGGGGGUGAGCUAA